AUGACAGGCUGCUAAGAUGUUAAUGAAUUUACUUUAAAAAUCACAGAUUAAAAUAUGGAUCUUCUCCAAAUUACUAGAGAAGUUGUAUUAAAUUUAAACCAACAGAUAAGAUUUAAUAUUACUUUACAAGAAUCUAUGCCUUAGUACCCAAAUGUAAAGAUUCAUAGAGGUAAUCAUUUAGUUUCUUUUGAUGCAAUGAUUAUAUUUCCUAACAAGUUUGUUUACUCCCAUGACUAUAAAGUAAUAAAUGUAGACGUAGAUUUUUGUUAUAACCGAUUAAAAUUCUUAAAUCAACCUACUCUAAAGGAUAUGAUCUAUGUAAUAGGUUAGGAUCCAAUAGAAUAAAAGAUUGAAAAACAUAUAUUUACUCCUGAAAAUUGCAAAUAAAUCAAAUAUCAAAUGGAAAUCUAAGGGGGAUUUAAAAUUCCAAAUUGCAUAUAUCUUGAUUAGUAAUCCCUUUCAAUUAGAAUUCAUUGUAUGAACUAAAUUCUAGGUGGUUAAGAAUUAAUUAUGAAAGUUGGUUACGAAAUCGAGAAUAAAUUAGGUAUUUGCUAGUUAUUUACUAAAGUUAAAAAAGACUCACUUGAAUUCGAACCAGAAUUAGGUUUUACAGGGACCUUCGAAAUAUCUGUAAUUUUAAAAGACAAGAAAAAUUCAUAUGCUAUGAGUAAAUAUACUUUCAAGGUAAAUGUGAUUCCAAAUUAAGAUUAAAAUGAAACAGAGAUCAAAAGAAUCUAAUCUAUAAAGCAAUAUGCAAAGAGCUACCUUAAAGCUAAAAUCAAAAGAGUGACCAAUAUUGGAUAAGAGUUUGACUUUGUUAAAGUAGUAUUUUUGAAGGAUUUUUAGUUUAUAUCAUCUGAUAAACUUUUUAUAAUACCUGAAUUGUAUGAAAUUAAAGGAACUCUUCCACCUUAAGUUAGUUUGGGUAUUUUUAACAUUAGUAAUAAUUUUACAGAAUUCAUUGGAAUAAAUAAUGCAAUUGGCGCUAGUAUCCAAUACACUAUGACUACAGUAUUUGGUACUAAUUUGCUUCUCAAUCUUUUCUUGUAAGGUUAUUGUUUACAAUAAACUAUGAUUCUAGGAGUUAGUCAAUGCAAUUAUUAUGGGGUAUGA